AUGGAGCCAGAGGACAUCCGCGAUCUUCGGAGUGAUGUCAACAUCAAUAUUGAUCUACUCACCGCACUGACCGGGCGGCUUACUCGGGACAACACCUUCAAACUAGUGCGGUACCAAGAAGACAAGGAGCGGCAAGCCAUCCUUGACUGGCUAACGCCAACUGACUAUGCUCCUCAGCAGAACGACUUCCUCAAGCAGUGGCAAGCUGGAUCUGGAAAAUGGCUUCUAGACUCAGCGGAAUUCAAAAGCUGGUUAGAUACCAAGAAGCAGAAACUAUUUUGCCCAGGCAUACCAGGAGCUGGGAAGACAAUACUCACAUCAAUUGUAAUAGAAGAGCUUUCUUCACGCUUCCAAGACGAAAGUAACUACGGUAUUGCAUACAUUUACUGCAAUUUCAAGCGGCAAGACGAGCAGACUUUAGAAGACCUACUCGCAAGCGUACUGAAGCAGCUAGCUCAAGCAAGAUUUUCUCUCCCACAAACCGUCAGGUCUCUCCAUGACAGGUACGAAUCUAUGAAGGCCCGGCCUUCGAUAGAUGACAUCAAAAUGGCCCUUCAUUCGGUAGCUGCUGAGUUUUCGCGAGUCUUCAUCCUUGUCGAUGCGCUGGACGAAUGUCGAGUCAAUGACAGUUGCCGAGCGAAGCUACUUUCACAACUCUCAGAGCUUCAGACCAAUUGUGGAGCAAAUCUUUUCGCAACAUCAAGGUUCAUUCCGGACAUCAUGGAAAGAUUUGAAGGAGACACAUGGUUGGAAAUCCGCGCCAGCGAGCAAGACAUCCAGAGAUAUAUUGAAGCACAUAUCGAUGAACUGCCGCGUUUUGUCGGACGAGAUCCGGAUCUACAGCAGGAAAUUAGCUCUAAGAUUGUCAAAGCUGUCGAUGGCAUGGAUGUAGCUUCUUACCCCGUUCUUGAAGAUUUUACUAACUGUACUAGGUUUCUACUUGCACAACUCUAUCUCAAUUCCUUAAAAGGAAAAAGAUCCCGAACAGCUAUUCGAGACGCUCUGAAGAAACUGCCCACCGGCACAGAAUCAUACAAUUGUGCAUAUUCUGAUGCUAUGACGAGAAUCGAAAGACAGCUACCGGAUGAAGCAAUGCUUGCGAAGGAAGCUCUGUCAUGGAUCACUUGCGCAAAGAGGCCACUGACCACAACUGAGCUUCAGCAUGCUCUUGCAGUCAAAGAUGGACAAGAAGAACUCGACGAAGACAACAAAUCAGACAUCGAGGAUAUUGUCUCAGUAUGUGCUGGACUAGUCACUGUUGACGGAGAGAGUGGCAUUAUUCGCUUAGUGCAUUACACAACUCAAGAAUACUUCGAACGGACACAAAAGAACUGGUUUCCAAACGCAGAAUUCGAUAUCACGACGAUUUGUUUAACUUAUCUCUCUUUUGCAGUCUUUGGAAGCGGACCUUGCGACACAGACUAUGAAUUUGAGAAGCGGCUGCAACUGAACCCAUUGUACGAAUAUGCCGCGCGCUACUGGGGUCACCAUGCUUGUCAGGUCCGGAGUUCGCUUCCGAAAGUCAUCGAAUUUUUCCGUCACGAGAUAAAUGUGGAAGCAGCAGUUCAAGCAAUGCUAGUCCGCAAGCUUUUCCCAUCGCAGAAUUGCUAUAGUAAAGGUUUUUCCAGGCAAAUGACAGGACUGCAUUUAUGUGCAUAUUUCGGGCUUGUGGACGUAGCCGCGACAGUUAUUUAUUUUGCAGGCCUCAACUCGAGAAAUGACAACGGCCAGACACCGCUAUUUCUGGCCGCCAGAGGAGGGCACGAAUGUGUAGUU